CAGCGAGGAAGACGAAGGCGAGGAGAGAAGUUGUAGAUCAUUCAAAGUGGAUCGAGGGUUUUUGAGGGGGAGAAAUGGCUGUUGGGGGAGAUCUGGAAAGGGGGAUCAAUGGGGAGGGAAUUGAGGAGGCUUUGGUGAAGAAGGAGGUAGGUUUUUGUGAAGAGAAUGAUGGGAAGAGCUGUGGAUCUAUUGGUAUGGUCUUGUUAAGCACUGCUGUCUCCGUUUGUGGAUCCUUUGAAUUUGGGACUUGUGUUGGCUAUUCUGCACCAACUCAAUCUGGAAUUAGGAAUGAUGUUGGCCUCUCAUUAUCUGAGUUUGCGGUUUUUGGUUCUAUAGUUACAAUUGGAGCAAUGUUAGGUGCUGUCACAAGUGGGCGAAUUGCGGAUUUCUUUGGUCGUAAAGGAGCAAUGAGAAUAUCAUCUUUCAUUUGCUUGAUAGGAUGGCUAGCAAUCUACUUUGCGGAGGGUGCCCUGCUGCUAGACAUUGGAAGAAUUUCCACAGGAUAUGGAAUUGGAAUUCUCUCAUAUGUGGUACCAAUCUUCAUAGCUGAAAUUGCACCAAAGAAUUUACGUGGUGGACUUACAACCCUGAACCAGUUAUUUAUCUGUGCUGGAAGUUCAACAGCAUUCAUAGUUGGUACAUUUGUAACAUGGAGAACAUUAACACUAGUUGGAAUCAUUCCUUGUGCUAUUUUACUUGUUGGUCUUUUCUUCAUCCCAGAGUCACCGAGAUGGCUUGCAAAAGUGGGGAAACGAAAGGACUCUUAUGCCGCAUUGCAAAUCCUUCGUGGAAAAGACACAGAUAUCUCUGCUGAAGCUGCAGAAAUUCAAGAAUACAUUGAAACUCUCCAAACUCUUCCCAAGACUAGUAUAUGGGACUUAUUUGGAAGGCGAUACAUCCAUCCAGUCAUUAUUGGAGUUGGCCUUAUGGUGUUUCAACAAUUUGGAGGGAUCAACGGGAUCGGAUUCUAUGCAAGUGAAACCUUUGUUUCUGCAGGAUUUUCUUCUGGAAGCCUUGGUACUAUUUUGAUGGGUUCUAUUCAGGUUCCGAUCACAAUAAUCGGCGCAAUCUUAAUGGAUAAGAGUGGCAGAAGACCACUUCUAAUGGUUUCUGCAACUGGAACAUUCAUAGGCUGCUUUAUGGCUGCGACAUCAUUCUAUUUGAAGGGAAAUGGACUAUAUGCCGAGUGGGUACCAAUGUUUGCUCUUUGCGGCAUUCUGGUAUAUAUGGGCUCAUUCUCGAUCGGAAUGGGAGCUGUCCCUUGGGUUAUAAUGUCAGAGGUCAGCUUCAAUACUUCAAUUAUAUCUGAAAUACCGAACAAAAAUUUUAAAUGUAAAACAAUGGAACAAUCAAAGUUUAAUUUAAUGUCAAAAUUGAAUUGCUUGCAGAUAUUCCCAAUCAAUGUGAAAGGAAUUGGUGGCAGUCUAGUGACUCUUGUCAACUGGUUUGGUUCAUGGGCAAUUUCCUACACUUUCAAUUUCCUCAUGGAUUGGAGCUCAGCAGGUACAUUUUUUAUCUUUUCUGGAGUCUGUGCAGUAACAGUUUUGUUCGUCGCAAGAGUAGUGCCAGAAACUAAAGGCCGAACAUUGGAAGAGAUUCAAGCAUCAAUGAGUUCUCAAAUAUGAAAACUAACAAGGAAUAUCAUUGUAAGUGUGUAUCAUCAUCAUCAUCAUCAUCAUCAUCAUCAUCUAUCGUAGCUGCAUUUUCAGUAGUACCACGUCAAAUUUGUUCAAGAAAGUAAUGUUUCAUUGUAGCUCAGAGCAUUGGUUUCAAGUAAAUAAAUUUGCAAUUUAGGCAGGUGCUUUUUCAUUUA